GAUGUCGAUUUUGAUUCUUACUGUACGGCCCUACUGUAUUCUUUACAACUCGUACAAUGCCAUACCGCACAGAAAACAAAAUUUGGCACAUCUUUCAUUUUCAAAAAGCGAACAAACCAGAAGCACAAAGGCAACAAACCAAAGCACAAAGAAACAUAACUGAAAAGCACACCAGAAUAGAAGCAACCUUACGAAACGAAUAGAUUCAGCACAAAGAAUAGGAGACAAAACACGAACCACUCAAGCAAAAAUGUCGUCUGCACCCAAGAAAUACAUUAAGAUCAAAGGGGUCAUGAAAAUGAAUCCCGAAUACAAGGCAUGGAAAAACAGGCAAGAGUCAGGAGGAGCAGUACCAAUUCCCCAGGCAGCUGCUACAUCCCCAAAAGAUAAUGCGUUGCCUGUGAUUUCCAAUAUGGAUGAUCACAUGCAGCUAAACGAGGACCUUGGAACUGACGUCCCCCUUGCCGAAGCCACGAAUGCCACCAUCGAAAUGAUGCAGGAACCCGACAUCAGUCUUGAAGCCGGAAUGCAACCCGAUGAAAUGGUAGAUGAAUUGGGAGCCGUCCUUGGAAAAUAUGAAGUACCCAUGGGACUCAUGAACAAACGUAAGUUGUGAUAACUUAUUCCUCUGUUUAUCGUCUCGGGAAUUGAUUGGCGAUGAGUGACCAAGUCUUUGCACCACAAAGCUUCCCGAUAACUCACAUAUGGCUUAUUUUAUAUUCUAAACAUUCCUUAUCCUUAUUCAUCGUCCUACGACCCUAUUUUGACAUGAUUUCAUUAGUCAUCAUGCUGAGUGAAUUCGAUAGUUUGGAAUUCAUCAUCGAUGACAGUGGAAGCAUGCAGAUGAUUUCCGACACUAUCAACCCCUUAACAAGAAAGCCCAAUACUCGGUGGCAAGAAGCCCACCAACGAUUAAAGGAAAUGAUAGAAAUUCUGGCCUACGUGCCGUUUCAGCAAAUCGGUAUUGAGUUCUUAAAUCGUCAGGACCGCAUUCUGUUGACUCGACAAGGUAUGGCCCCGAGAGACUUCCUUACCGGAGCUUAUGAUCAAAUCGAUGCUCAAUUUGCCAGAGGACCCUCUGGAACAACCCCAGUACUUGAAAAGCUUCAGACUAGUUUAUUGCGGGGACAGGGGCACAGCAUUGCACGGUAUUUCUUCGGGGAUGGUGUUCCCAACGGUGGGCAAAUGGCAGUGAAGGAAAUAGCACGAAUUGUUACGAAUCGUGCGGAGCCUGCAGCAAAUCCCAUCACUUUUCUCAGUUGCACCAACCAAGACGACGACGUGGAAUGGAUGAAAGAGACAGAAGAGAUCGCUCCUUAUUGCUCUGAAUCUGAUGACUAUGGUGACGAAUCCAGGGAAGUUUUGGGAGAUCAGGGUGAGGCCUUGCCAUACACUCGUGGGUUUUGGCUGAUUUGCCAGCUGGUCGCGGCGAUGAAUCCGGACGACUUGGAUGCCAUGGACGAAAGCAUACCUUUCACGAAGAUGACGCUCGACAAUUUGCUAGGCAUUGUUCACAACGAGGCGUCCUACAAAUACUAUUUCGAUUCUUUUCUAGAGAAUCAAAGGAAACGCAGCGCCUAUAAUGAGAUGGACCGUCUGAAGAAAAACACAAGAUGGAGUUACCAUGAUUUUCUUAACGCAGCCGUUGCGAAAGACAUUUCUCAAGUUCGAGACUUCAAGCAAAAGAUGGCUCGGAUGAACCAUCAUUGAUGCUGAAGUUGUUGUUCAUCUAUCAAUUGAGAGGGCUGAUGGAAACCAUGUGGAUGUUACUACUUCAAAUAAUUAGUAUGCAUCAAGUGCGUUUAUUGUAAGUAUGUUAAGUGGUGUAAAGUAAAAUCAUUACGACCAG